AUUUUAUUUCAUUGAUGUCUUUCACCGUUUCAAACUGUGAGCAGAUUAAUAGAGCACCAACUAAUAGUUCUACGGCCAAACAGCUUUAUUCAUUUCCUAAAGCAGGAAGGUUUGGAUAUAACCCAAAAAUUCUGAACCAAAACAUAGGAUAUGAUCUUCCUUCUACUAUGUCAACCAGAAAGGCAAGCUUUGGCAUUGGAAAUAAGAGCACAAAGCUGAAGAAGAAACCAGGUCCAGAUCCUGGAGCCUAUAAUCUUCCAACAGAAUUUUCAAACACACCUAAGAACAAAGCAUUUACUUUCGGGUUGCCCUUUAGUUCAUACACCAAGAUGUAUAAUAAAGGUGAUGUCAGAGCUGAUAAAUCAGUCCCAGGGCCAGGAACUUAUGACAUUCCAGAAAGAUGAGGAAAAGAAGGAUUGCAUUUGACUCUUAAGCCAAAAUUGAAGGAUAAUACCUUGAGACACAGCGCUAGUAUGCCUGGACCAGGAGCUUAUGAGCCACCAAAUUCUAUUAACCAGAAGGGUAAUUACUUUAAUUCCAAAUUCACAAGCUCUAAAUGCGCUCUAUUCAAUCCUCCUAACUCAAAGAGAUUCAAGAUGUUCUCUAGGAAUACAGUGAAGUUUCCUGGACCGGGUGAGUACAGCCCUGCUUCAUCAAUCUCAAAAGAUGGAAAUUAUUUCUUAUCCAAAUUUAAAUCCUCAAACUGCAGAACUUUCUAUCAUUACAACAGGGAUACUAUCUCAACUCUUGGCAAGAGGAAGGACAUGCCUGGUCCAGGAAUGUACAAACUUCCAAGCGAAUUUGGGUACUAUGAAAGUAACAAGAAGUCCACCUUUAGAGUAAAGAAGAAAAGAAGAGCAAGGAGUGUCGAAAAACCUGGCAAUAGAAAUCUCUAA